AUGCCAUCGACUGCAACCCCUCCGAAACACCCAAGUCCCUUACGCUCCGCUGCCUCGACCAAGGACGCGUCAGGGAACGAUGCGUCGUCUGUAACACCGCCUCGAAGGGCCCAUACCUUUCAGAACGGCGCCGCGCCUGAACGGCAAAUACGAUCUACCUCAACAUCCAGGCCCUCCAGCGGAGCUCUCGCUUCCCCCGAUGCCUUCGAGGCAACGGACGACAACGAUGAAACCGGCGAUGGUGUGAGGAUGUCUAUCGAUAUGGGCGAGCUGCCCAUUGAGCUAGUUAGCCUUACGGACAGCUUCAUCGAGUCGCUAUCGGCCAAGGUCCAUCCGACACCACCGAGCAUCGGUAAUCUAUCUCGACUCUUCCAAGACUUCUACGCCGUAGCUUCGACACACAUCAAUACGCACAUAUCCACCCUCGCCAUGAAGCAAUCGAGAGACGCCUCGCCCGCCCCUUCCCGACAGUCCACCGCCAAGAGGCUGCGUGCAAAAGCAGCAUCAAUCGGCAGCAAAGAUAAGGCCAAGGAUUUCGAGCAGCAGAUGCUCACGCCCGAGGAGCUCGCCGAGCGGAAAAGAGCCCGGAGGGCCCUCGAACUCAAACGUGGCAGGCUGGAAGAAGCCGUGGAGCGGAGGCUCUGCGAAGGAAUCUAUUCCCGGAUAUACCGCCACCGAAGCACCCAGGACGAGGCUCAGGAUGAUAAACUACGGUCCAAGACUGCCGCGCUAGCUCUCGUCGGCAUCAACCUGACUGAUCUGGGAAUAGACUUGGGUGAUUCGUCCAAAGACGAUGAGGAUAGCGAAGAUUCGAAGACCGAAGAGAUCAAGGCCGCGCUCGAGCCCGCGCGCCACGGGCUGGUCCUCAUGAAUGAUGCUAGAUAUCCGCUAGGGAAACUGAACCAUCUAAAAGCAGUCCAUAAGAGCAUUGUCGACGUCCUGUCCAAGUACCGACCCUCUGCCUCGGCCGACGACAUCAUGCCCAUGAUCAUUUACACGCUCAUCACUCUCCCGCCCCAGAAGCUCAGCGUUAUCAGCGACGCUCAUUUUAUCCAAAAUUUCAGAUGGGAGCAGAAACUAAACGGCGAGGCUGCGUACUGCCUAACCACCCUCGAGGCCGCUAUUAGCUUCCUGGAAACGGUUGACCUGUCGACUCUUCGUGCCGACGAGUUACCCUCCGGACAGCCGAAGCUCGUGAGCCAGCCCAACACACCCAAGGUGGAAACCUUCCCACCGGCGUACGCUCCCGGCCUAUCGUCGGCGACUCGGAGCCCGCCGGAGCCUACGCUUGCCACUGCCACCGGCGCGAAGCCUCCGCCUUCUCCUAGCGGCGGGCUACGGGCAGCCGUUCAGAAGAAUAGGAGGCUGAGCGACCUCGUCAACACACCAGCCCAGGCCAUCAACGCCGCCAGCGACUCGAUUUUCACGACCGCCGACCAGGGUCUCAAAACCAUCUCCAACUCCCUCGGCGACAGCUAUAAUUUCCUCAUGGGCAAGUUGCGUGAGCGCCAGGAGACGACGCUCGAGUCCGCAAAAGACCUGGUCAUGCCCAAGACGCUUGACGAUGCACGCAAGCUCGUCAGCACCCCGCCGCCAGAAGACGACGCGUCCGUCAGCGGCGCCAGUUCCGUGCACGGUCCCGAGGAAGGCCGGACGGCGUCGCCUCACAGGGACGACAAGGUCCUGAACCUUAUCGGCGGGAAGAAGCUUAGCAGCCGGGACCACAGCGCCGAUAGCCUGCGGAGCCUUCGUAGCACGGGCAGCUCGACGACGAGGAAGGCGGUGUCGGUAGUGGCCGUGGCCGCGCAGGUAGAAGGCAUCCCCGAGGCUGAGGAGGAGGCCAAGGACAAGGAGAAGGCUACUCCCGCGCCCCAGCCUUCACCCGGUCCGUCGGUCAACCCUGCGUUGGUGGUUGAGUCCAUGCGGAAUCUGAGCAGUUCGUUCAACCCGAUGGCGAGGCUUUCCAGUAUCGGCAUGAUUAGGGGGUUCGGUAGGACGGCGCCUACUCCGCCGCCCAAGGAUGUGUCGAGCCACAAAGGCCCAGCAACGGACGGAGGCGAUCUUGCUACGGCCUUUCCAGAUCUUGCAACCGCCUUGCCGCCCAAGGAAACACCCAAGAUCCCCCCGCCCAACAAGCGGUUCAUGGAACUGCAGAGUCCGGGAGACCUGAAGCUAGGCGAGGUGCUUGAGUUGCUGAGGGAUUAUCGGAGGUUGGCGAAUGCGUUGAAGGAUAUGGAUGCGUUUGAGUCCAAGUGA